AGUGCAGUGGUUCUCUCACGCCGCUGGAGCGGAUCAACAGCUGCUCUUUACAGUCAUGUUCCCAGCCGCCUCUUCUCCGCGGACUCCCGGUGUCGGGUCCCGAAGGGGCCCGCUGGCCGGAGUCGGGCCGGGAUCCACACCUCGUGCAGCAAGCAGGAGGGGUCUGUCCCUCGGGUCUGCGGUCAGCUCCCCCGUGCUCUUCUCCCCGGGGGGCCGGCGUAGCUCGCUGAGCUCGCGAGGAACACCUACACGAAUUGUCCCACACCAUUCCAUAACUGAGUCUGUGAACUAUGAUGUGAAAGUGUUUGGAUCAUCUCUCCCUGUUAAAGUCAUGGAAGCCCUGACACUGGCUGAGGUUGAUGAUCCACUGUCUGUCUGCAUAGAUGAAGGUGGAUGGGCUUGUCUGGUCUGCAAAGAGAAACUCCUUGUUUGGAAGAUUACUCCGUCUCCUGUUACUAAGUUAUCUGUUUGCAAAGAGCUUCAGCUCCCACCUAGUGAUUUCCACUGGAGUGCUGACCUGGUGGCUCUCUCUUACUCUGCUACCUCAGGUGAACCACAUUCUAUUCAGGCUGUUGCUGUCAUGGUUGCUACCAGAGAAGGGUCCAUUCGCUAUUGGCCAAGCCUUGCUGGGGAGGACACCUACACAGACACCUGCGUGGAUUUGGGCGGAGAUAAGAUAUGCAGUUUCCUGACAGCAGUGCAGGGAGGAAGUUUUAUCUUGUCUUCCGUGGGCUGCCAGCUAAUUCGGUUGAUCCCUGAAAGCUUGGGGAAGAUGCACCAGCAUGUCCUGCCUCAGGGGCAAGGCGUGUUCUCAGGAAUUGGCCGGAGGGUCUCUUCCCUCUUUGGAAUUUUGUCUCCUAGUAGUGACCUCAUGCUGGCCGCUGUUCUCUGGAAUAGAGGAAGGUCAAGCUUCUACAGCCUGACGAACUCAAACAUCAGCAAGUGGGAACUGGAGGAUUCCUCAGAAAAACAAGCACAUAGCUGGGAUAUACAUAGAGCCCUGAAGGAACACAUCACUGAUGCUAUUUGGGGCUCUGAAAGCAAUUACGAAGCUGUUAAAGAAGGGGUCAACAUUCGGUAUUUGGACUUGAAGCAAAACUGUGAUGGACUCCUGGUCUUGGCAGCAGCCUGGCACCCAGCAGACAGUCCCUGCCUCGUCUACUACUCUCUGAUAACAGUAGAAGAUAAUGGAAACCAGAUGUCAGAGAUGGUCACUGUAGAAGUCACUCAGUACAACCCACCCUUCCAGUCUGAAGAUCUGAUUCUGUGUCGGUUGAUGGUCCCAAGCUUUUCAAGCCAGACAGCCUAUCUGUGUGCCGAGAACGUGGUCUUUGUGUGCUCCACGGGAACGGGAAGGUCCUCCAUUCCUCCGGAGAAGAUUGUCUUUAGUGCACAAGGAGAUGGCAUUUUGGGUGCUGGCUCUUGUGGCGGUGUCCCCGUCCUCUUCUCUAGGAACAGUGGUCUGGUAUCUGUCACUUCAAGGGAAAGUGUGUCCUUGUUAGCUGAAGACCUGGAGGAGUCCUUGGCAUCUUCAGUUGCUGGACCCAGCAAUGAGAGUGUGAUUUUUGAGGCCACUGCAAGGAAUGAAACCAUAGCUCAGGAAGAUAAGACGAAGCUGCUGAAAGCUGCUUUUCUGCAGUACUGCAGGAAAGAUUUAGGUAGUGCUCAAAUGAUGGCUGAAGAGCUCUUUUCCUCUCACUCUGACUUGGAUUCUGAUUCUGAACUAGACAGGGCCGUGACCCAAAUCAGCGUGGACUUGGUGGAUGACUACCCUGCUUCUGACCCGAGGUGGGCUGAGUCUGUCCCUGAAGAAGCCCCUGGGCUCAGUAACACUUCGCUGAUCAUUCUCCACCAGCUGGAAGACAAGAUGAAAGCCCACUGCCUCCUGGUGGAUUUUCUUCACAAAGUCGGCCUGUUUGGGCGUCUGGGCACUUCUCCAGUCAGAGGGACACCAAUGGCAACCCGGUUGCUACUCUGUGAGCAUGCAGAAAAGUUGUCUGCUGCCAUCGCUCUCAAAAACCACCACUCUCGGCUGCCAGACCUUGUGAACACAGCGAUUCUGAUUGCUCUCAACAAGAGGGAGUGUGAGAUUCCAGCGAGCCUCACUCCUGCCGACGUCUUCUUUCGGGAGGUAUCCCAGGUGGACUCCAUCUGCGAGUGUCUGCUGGAGCAUGAAGAGCAGACCCUGAGGGACAUGGCACUGGAUUCCAUUGAGUGGGCAGAGGUGGCCAUCACCGUCAACACUGUCCUCAAGGACAUGCUGCAGGCUGCUAGUUAUUAUCGCCAGAAUAGAAACUCCAUGUAUAGACGAGAAGAACCGCUAGGGAGAGAGCCCGAGUACAUUCCAUGGACAGCCACAAGUGGCCCUGCUGGCAUCAGAACAGCAAUCAUGCACCAGCACGGGAUCAUCCUGAAAACAGUAUAUCCACAAGCCGACAGCAACCUUCGAAAUGUCAUCACGGAACAGCUGGUAGCACUGAUCGAUUGCUUUCUGGAUGGUUAUGUGUCCCAGCUGAAGUCUCUAGACAAAUCCAGUGACCAAGAAAGAUACAGCAAUCUGGAAGCAGAGUACCUACAGAAAAGAUCGGAUCUCCUUUCCCCUCUGCUCACACUAGGCCAGUACCCAUGGGCUGCUUCUCUAGCAGAGAAGUACUGUGACUUUGAUAUCCUGGUGCAGAUGUGUGAGCAGACAGACAACCAGGCCAGACUCCAGCGCUACAUGACCCAGUUUGCUGACCAGAAUUUUUCAGACUUUCUCUUCCGUUGGUAUCUGGAGAAAGGAAAGCGGGGCAAAUUAUUAUCUCAGCCAAUUUCUCAACAUGAACAGUUGGCAAAUUUUUUGCAAGCCCAUGAACAUCUCAGCUGGUUACAUGAAAUUAACAGUCAAGAGCUAGAAAAGGCUCACGUGACACUUUUGGGUUUGGCAAAUACGGAAACUCGUUACUUUGCAAAGAAAAAAACCCUUCUUGGCUUGAGUAAAUUGGCUGCCUUAGCUUCAGACCUUUCAGAAGAUGUACUGCAAGAAAAAAUUGAAGUGAUGGCUGAGCAGGAGCGCUUCCUGCUGCACCAGGAGACCCUGCCUGAGCAGCUGCUGGCAGAAAAACAGCUGAGUCUCAGUGCAAUGCCAGUGUUGACAGCACCUCGGCUCAUCAGCCUAUAUAUCUGUGAAGAAAACAGAAGAGCUAGUGAAUAUGAUUUUAAGAAAGCUUUGGACUUGCUGGAAUAUAUUGAUGAGGAGGAAGAUGUAAAUAUAAAUGAUCUGAAAUUGGAAAUCCUUUGCAGAGCCCUGCAGAGAGAUCACUGGUCCAGUUCUGAUGGUAAAGAUGAUCCAAUUGAAGUGUCUAAAGACAGUGUGUUUGUGAAAAUCUUACAGAAACUUUUAAAAGAUGGCAUUCAGCUCAGGGAAUACUUGCCGGAAGUGCAGGACCUACUGCAAGCAGAUCAGCUUGGAAGCCUCAAGUCCAACCCUUACUUUGAGUUUGUUUUGAAAGCAAAUUAUGAAUAUUAUGUCCAGGGACAAAUUUAAUGUUUUCUGAACUUUGUAUUGUGUGCUUAUAAAAAUUUUAGGCCUUAGCUGGGUGUGGUAGUAGAGUCUGGGCUAGGAGGACUGCCAGUUCGAGGCCAGCCUGGGCUACAUAUAGUGAGACCCUGUCUCAAAAAACCAAAACCAAAAUCAAACAAAAAAACUGGUUAGGCUUAAACAGUCAGAAGUUUGUACAGUUUUAUAAUGUGUGCUGCUGCGUCUUCAUACUUUAUUUGGAAUCUAACAUAAAAUAGUAAUGUAAAUAUAGUUCUGGUUUUUUUUUCAGUUACAUGGUAUUUUCUUUCCUCCUUUUUUCUCCUGAAGUACCUGUGCUUGUUGCCUUUGUCUCACACCUCACUUGGUCCAGUGGGUUGUAUGGUUCUUGUCCUGAUGCUGCCUCUUGUGUGCACAGAUCACUUCAAGGUCUCGGUAUCUAGUCAUUUUUUCCUUCUUUGGCAGCACUGGGGUUUGAACUCAUGGCCUUGCACUUGCUAAGCAUGCACUCUUACUGCUUGAGCCACUCUGCCAGCUCUAGGUGUCAGUUUCUAAGCUCUUAGAAGGUUGCCCUGAGUUGUCUCUGAAAUCUCUGUGGCUCUGCCAUCAUGGGCUGAGGGGAGUCUGGGGUGUUUGGUAUGUAUUUUGGGCAGGGCCAGUGUAGCAAAAUAAAUGUGAAAUUUUACUGACUUAUUGUAGGACUGAAAAAAAAAACCAAAACAGUGGGUCUGAGAGUUUGAUAACUGGUUAGCUCAUUGAGAACAUUCUUAAUUUCUCUAUGCAAAUAAUGAAUGCAUGCAUGUUAGUGAAGAUGUUUUAGUGAGAAAGGUGUUCGUGUGGCCUUCUGACCUAUCUGUAAAUCAUCACUGCCCAAUACCCGUGUUAGUUAUGCUUGCUCCUGUACUUUCAGGUGAUUUUCACAGACUUCUUUCACUAGUCUGCCCUAGUCAUAACCACAUGUAAUAGUAGGCUGGCUCACUGUGGGUUUUCCUUAUAUGGUCCCUAAAAAGUGAGGACCGCAAAGCCAAUUUGUCCUGACCAGUCAUCACUCAUUGUUACAUGGCCUUAAAUAAAAAGCAGAGAUUAGACAGAGUGGUCUGGGUAGCACUUUGGCCCUCCUGGCUGGAGCUGAAGUCAGCCAUAUGAAGCUUCCUGGUUUCACAGCCCAGCCAUUGCGCCCUCUCCUGCUUCUAGUUUACCCUUGCCUUAUUCGGAAGAAUAGGCAAAUGGAGCUGUUUAUCUUAUCUAAAGAAGGAAAUUAGCCCCAGAGUUUUCUUGUGUAUGGCCAGGUUAAGAAUGUACUGGAGGGUGCAGGGCCAGGUGAGGUACACCUUGAAGGGCAACCAGGCAGAAUGGGAAGAGCAGCUUGGCAUGGAGGCAGGAGGCCCUUGAGUGCAUGUUGUACAUUAGACAUUGACUGUCAGUGUUCAGUUGUCACUGUGUGCCCUGUCAGGUGAGGGCAUGGACUCCACCACAGACCCAUGUGUCAUCCCCAUGUGACAGGAGAACUCUACAGGAGUGGUGUGGAUUUCUGUGUGAGGUAUGGCCCUCUGGCUCUGUCUCACAACAGCCGCACCUCCAGAACACUUGGUGUUUAAAUCCGCAACAGCAGUAAAAAUGAAAUUAAGACCUGAAGUUUUGAGUACUUUUUUCUCCUAAAAUUUUUUUUGUUGUAUUUUUGUUUUGUUUUGCUUUUGUUUUUGUUU